GUUCAGAAGGGUGAAUCUGUUAUUUUUUAUUAUUAUUAUUAUUUUUAUCAUUAUUCGCUUCUCCCUCCUGAACUCGCUUCACCAGCCGCAACGCAAAUGGAGCAGCAGCAACAGCAGCAGCACCGUCACAUGGGCCACAUGGGCCUUGCUCACCUGCCGGCCGGGCAGCGCGGCUCUCGUGAGCGGAUCAACCUGACUGGCCUCGUCCAUGACACCGCCUCAGAUGGCUCGUCCUCUGCCGGCGGUCAGUCCAUCGCGAUCGGCAUGCCCUCAAUCCACAACAACAUCAACAUCAACAACAUCUCCGGCAGUGGCAACAUUGGCAGUGGCAGCAGCAGCAGCAGCGGCGGCGGCUCGUCCUCGUCCUCGUCCGCCCACUCGGGCCCGUCCCGCAGGGAGCAGAUCGGCACUGCGUUGUUCUACGCCGUCUCGUCCCUCCUCAUCAUCUUUGUCAACAAGAUUGUCCUGACCACGUACGGCUUCCCGUCGUUCAUGGGCGUCGCGCUCGGCCAGUUUGUUGCCACCAUCGUCACGCUGCAAGUGCUCAAGGCGCUGGGCAAGGUCACCUUCCCGGAUCUCUCCAUGCACGUCGCCAAGAUGACCUUCCCGCUGCCCUUGCUCUUCUUCCUCAACACGGCCAGCGGACUGGGUGGCACAAAGCUCACAAGCCUGCCAAUGCUCACCGUGCUGCGUCGCUUCUCCAUCUUCAUGACCAUGGUCCUCGAGUACUACAUUCUCGGCGUCUCCUCCACGCCCAAGGUCAAGCUCAGCGUCGGUCUGCUCAUCGGCGGUGCUCUGAUCGCUGCCGCCGACGAUCUCGCGUUCGAUCCGUUCGGAUACUUUAUGGUCACAGUCAACAACCUGUGCACCGCCCUCUCUGGUGUUGUCCUCAAGAAGAAGCUCGACAGCAAGGAGCUCGGCACCAUUGGCCUCCUCUACUACAACUCGCUCUUCUCGCUGCCAUUCUGCUUUGCGUACUUUUUCCUGUUUGCUCCCGCCGAGUGGAACGCCAUGCUCCAGUUCCAAGGUUGGGGCGAUGCCGGCUUCCAAUUCCAAUUCCUUCUCUCAUCCGUCAUGGGCCUGAUCCUCAACUACUCCAUCUUCCUGUGCACCAAGGCCAACUCGCCGCUCACAACCACCGUCGUCGGCUGUCUCAAGAACAUCCUCACCACCUACCUGGGCAUGUUCCUCGGUGGCGAUUACAUCUUCUCCAUGGCCAACUUUGUUGGCCUGAACAUUUCCGUCUCUGGUAGCGUGUACUAUUCUUACGUCAAGUUUAUCGAAGAGGCACCAAAGGCCCGACCCGCCAAGUAACCGCCCAGUUUCUCCUUGCUACGGCUGGCUGGCCGCGCCGCUUCAAGAGCGGUUUUUGUUUUUGGUAUUUCUUCAGGAUCUGUUUUCUGAUUUGUUUUUUUUUUGUGCUUUUAGUAUUUUAUCUCGUGUUUCGAGUUUGCAGCUUUGCAUUUGAUCGUUGUCGAGCGUUGUUGUUGUUGUUGUUGUUGUUGUUG